CGAUGUUUGUCCACCUCUAUUUGGUGGAGUGGAGUGCAAUUUAUUUUAUUUAAAACUCGUCGACCGCGCUGAUCCAUCGUUUGUGCACCGCUCCGAAGUGUAGCAAAAAGCAAGCAAGGAGGCAGCAAAUCGCAACUUCAUUAGGAGUCGCGUUUCUGCUAAGGAACAUCAACCACUAAAAUACAAAUUCCCAGAUUAAAAGCUUCGCUUCUCCAAAAUGGCCAAGUACUCGGGCAAAAAAUGCCGGCUGCUCUCGAUGAUGUGGCUGACGGCUUUCUUCUUCUUCGUGGAGAUCAUAGUGGGUUACGUGACCAAUUCGAUGGCCCUGGUGGCGGACAGUUUCCACAUGCUGGGCGACAUCGCCGCCCUGGUCAUAUCGUUUCUGUCUGUGAAGAUGUCACCGAAAAAGUGGUCGAAGAACACAUUCGGCUGGGCCAGAGCCGAAGUUUUGGGAGCUUUGGUCAACGCUGUCUUCCUGGUGGCCCUCUGCUUCAGCAUCACCAUCGAGGCCUGCAAGAGGUUCAUAGAGGAGGAGCCUAUUCACGAGCCCGAACUGUUGGUUAUUGUGGGAGUUUUGGGCCUUGUGGUGAAUGUGAUUGGCCUGUGUUUGCUUUACGAGCACGGUGGGCACCAUGGACAUUCGCAUGGCGCCGGACUUACCCGAAACCACAGCCGCCUCACCGAGUUGGCCAACAUGGACGAGGGCGAGGAUGAGCAGAACGAGUACGCCUACGAGAAGCAGAAGGAGAAGCCGGUGGUGAAGAAGUCCAGCCAUGGUCACAGCCACGAUCCCGGCCAGAUGAACAUGCGCGGCGCCUUCCUGCACGUCCUGAGCGAUGCCCUCGGCAGCAUCAUUGUGGUGAUCAGUGCGGUGGUGGUGUGGAAGACCGAGUGGAAGUACCGCUACUACAUGGACCCCGCUCUGUCCAUCGUGCUGGUGGUGCUCAUUCUGCAUUCGGUGUGGCCGCUGCUGCGCGAGUCCGCCCUGAUCCUGCUGCAGACGGUGCCCACGCACAUCCAGGUGGACGCCAUCCAGAAGAGACUACUGGAGAAGGUGGAUGGAGUGCUGGCGGUGCACGAGUUCCAUGUCUGGCAGUUGGCCGGCGACCGCAUCAUAGCCUCUGCCCAUAUUAGGUGCCGAAACCUCUCCGAGUACAUGAAGAUUGCCGAGAAGGUGAAGGAGUUCUUCCACAACGAGGGCAUCCACUCCACCACCAUUCAGCCGGAGUUCAGCGAGAUCGAGGGCUGCAAUAUGUCCGAUGGCACCUCCAGCAUCAACAUGAGCGGCUCCGACUGCUGUGCCUUGGACUGCCCCACCACGGAUGAGGGGUGUGUCAAGGCCACCUGCUGCCAGAACAACAACAAAUUGAACCAACUGCCCUCACCCACCAACUCGCCGUACCUGUGCCGCCAGCGCAAUGCCGCCCGACAGGCCGGCGAUGUGGAGGCGGGCUCCCUGCUGGAGGCCACGGCCAGUGGAAACCAGGGAGCCUCUGGCGGCACCACCGCAGGAGCAACGGCGGCUGCGAUUGCGGCGACGUCGACGCCGAAGAGCGAUUUGGUCUGACGACAGCCACAGCAGGCGCAACAACAUGUACACUUUGCCACGACCAAAACGGAAACCGCAACCGCAACAGCAGCAGCAGCUACAUCAAUACGUGAUAUAAUGUACGAGCCAAGCGCCAACAACCAAGUGGUUUCCACAUCCAGCGCACAGGAGGUGGAGGCAGGCAAUCUCGGCCUGUCGGUGACCGCACAGCGGCGACGGGAGCUUCAGUUGCAGGCCGAGCAUCAGUAUCAGGAGCAGGUGUCACCUUUGAGCACCCGGAACGGCGACGAGGUGGCCCUCUAAUUAGGAGCCUAGUUUAAAAACCGCUGCAAUGGAGACUGGUCUGCCAUGGUGCAGCGUUCGUGUUUUUAGUGUUUGUAUCAUUAUUUGUUCUUAGUGGAAUUUAGGCAUUAAUGGUGGGCUAACCACUGAGCUAGUUUAAUUAAAGUAAAUCAAAAGAAAUAUAACACGAUUAUCUGAUAGUGCAGAAAACACAAAGUUUAACGAGGAUGUCAUUCGUAUAUAUAUAUAUAUACUAUAUAGUAUGUUAAACCUAUUCGAUUGUAGUUAAUUGCAUUAGUUUAAGUCGAUAAGUGAGCCCAACCAACAGAGAAUACAUAUGUACUACGUUUUUUACAUUUUGAGAAAGUUUAUACAUACGUGAAAUAAAUUAUUGUAUUCAAUAGUUACCUACGGAUUAGCAAAUGACUAAAGACAGUUUACAAAAUACAUAGGUAUACACAAACAUGUGUGUUUUUGUGUAUGGUUAGGCAUAGUCUCUUAAUCUUAGUAGUUGGUAAUGCUAUCUGUAAAAAAAUAUUUUUACCACAACCGAGAAACUAGUUUCUAUUUAAUUUUAAUCGUAUCGAACUUUAUAAUGACUAUACAUUUAAUGCGAACAUCAUGUAUUAUUUUAUGAUCUGCAUUGACUUUCACCUGUAUAUGUUUGUAAAUAAAUACCAAACAUAAUCAGUCCAAGCUAA